AUGGAGCUCGUGGUGGAAGUAGUGGAUGCUCAUGAUCUUAUGCCCAAGGAUGGUGAAGGAUCAGCCAGUCCAUUUGUAGAAGUUGAUUUUGAGAACCAGCGAAGUCGAACCAGAACUGUCCAAAAGAAUCUCAACCCAUUCUGGAAUCAGAAGCUUGUCUUCAAUUUUGACACGACCAAAAGCCACAAUCACCAGUCCAUUGAAGUCUGUGUUUACAAUGAGAGGUCAUCUUCAGGCCGCAACUUUCUAGGAAGGGUCAGAAUUCCAUGCUCAAGUAUUGCUAAGAAGGGUGAGGAAGCUUAUCAAAGAUUUCAGCUAGAAAAGAAGUGGUUUUCAUCAUUUGUCAAAGGUGAGAUUGGUCUGAAAGUUUAUAUCUCAACCAAAUCAGAAACGACAUCUCCCCCAUCUUCUGCAUCAUCAUUGCCACCAACACCAAAAACGCAGCCACUGCCACCACCUACGCCUCCUUCUCCUCUCCCUUCCACUGUUUCCAUUUCCAAAAAUACAAAUCCUAUUGAUAAUAAAUCCACUGCUCUUGCUCUUCCAACAGCUGAAGCUUCUUCUGUUUCUGACAUUCAUAAAGUUAUUGCAGCAGAAACUGAAAAAGAAACUGCUACAGUCUCGGGACUCGGAAAUUCCAGUUGUCCUGCUGCAGCAUCCAAGUCUACUGGCAGUGUUCCUGCUCAAGCACCAAAGAAAGAGACCAAAGAAACUGUUGAAGUUAAAUUAGCAACCACUCAGCACAUACACAAACACCAAGUACUACAGCAGUCAGGCCUGUCGAUGGAGAAACGAACACAAGGUGUGCCACUGACCAUGCAACAGGUUAAUCCACAAGCUAACCCUAACCCCCAAGAGGACUACAAUUUGAAGGACACAAACCCUCAGCUUGGUGAGCGUUGGCCUAAUAGUGGAGCAUAUGGAGGAAGAGGGUGGAUGAGCAGCGAGAGGUUUACAAGCACUUAUGACCUCGUAGAGCAGAUGUUUUAUCUCUUUGUUCGGGUUGCGAAAGCCAAAGAUCUUCCACCCAGCUCCAUCACUGGAAGCUGUGAUCCUUAUGUGGAAGUGAAGCUCGGGAACUACAAAGGAAGAACAAAGCAUUUUGAGAAGAAAAUGAACCCUGAAUGGUACCAGGUAUUUGCCUUCUCAAAGGACCGGAUUCAGUCAUCUGUGCUAGAAGUUUUUGUGAAGGAUAAAGAGAUGAUUGGGAGAGAUGAUUAUAUUGGAAGGGUGGUUUUGGACUUGAAUGAGGCUCCCACAAGGGUACCCCCCGACAGUCCACUUGCUCCCCAGUGGUAUAGACUAGAAGACCGGCGUGGGGAAGGGAAGGUGAGGGGGGAGAUUAUGCUCGCUGUUUGGAUGGGAACGCAAGCGGACGAGGCCUUCCCCGAGGCUUGGCAUUCGGAUGCUGCUUCUGUCUAUGGAGAGGGUGUUCUAAACAUCCGAUCAAAGGUUUAUGUAUCCCCAAAGUUGUGGUAUGUUAGGGUCAAUGUUAUUGAAGCUCAAGAUAUCCAACCAAAUGACAGAAGCCGCCUCCCGGAAGUUUUUGCAAAAGUUCAAGUUGGGAAUCAAGUGCUGAAAACAAAGAUAUGCCCAACUCCCACCACCAACCCACUGUGGAAUGAAGAUUUGGUUUUUGUAGCAGCUGAGCCUUUUGAGGAACAGAUGAUCCUUACAGUCGAGGAUCAUGAGCACCCCUCAAAAGAUGAUGUGCUGGGGAGAAUAAGUUUACCACUCAAUGCAUUUGAAAAGCGACUUGACCACAAACCAGUCCUUUCUCGCUGGUUCAACCUUGAAAGAUUUGGUUUUGGCAUGUUGGAAGCUGACAGGAGGAGAGAACUCAAAUUUUCAAGCAGAAUUCACCUGAGAAUUUGCUUGGAAGGUGGAUACCAUGUGCUAGAUGAGUCAACAAUGUACAUAAGUGAUCAAAGGCCAACAGCAAGGCAGCUGUGGAAGCAGCCUGUUGGGAUAUUAGAAGUGGGAAUUUUAGGCGCACAAGGGCUUCUCCCAAUGAAGAUGAAGGAUGGACGAGGGAGUACAGAUGCUUAUUGCGUGGCUAAGUAUGGCCAGAAAUGGAUACGGACCAGAACAAUUGUUGACACUUUCAAUCCCAAAUGGAAUGAGCAAUACACAUGGGAAGUUUAUGAUCCAUGCACUGUAAUAACGCUGGGAGUUUUCGACAACUGCCACUUGGGGGGAAGUGAAAGAACUGGUGGCACUGCAGCACGAGAUUCACGGAUUGGGAAGGUACGGAUUCGGUUAUCAACCUUAGAAGCUCAUCGAAUUUACACACAUUCUUACCCACUGCUCGUUCUACACCCGCCUGGGGUGAAGAAAAUGGGAGAGCUCCAGUUAGCGAUUCGAUUCACUAGUCUCUCGCUGGCUCACAUGAUAUACAUUUACGGGCACCCGUUGCUUCCAAAAAUGCAUUACUUGCAUCCAUUUACAGUGAAUCAAGUUGAUAACUUGAGAUACCAAGCCAUGAACAUCGUUGCAGUAAGGCUUGGGCGAGCUGAACCUCCACUCAGAAAAGAAGUUGUGGAAUACAUGUUGGAUGUUGAUUCCCACAUGUGGAGUAUGCGGAGAAGCAAGGCAAACUUCUUCCGAAUUAUGUCACUGCUUUCGGGUAUGAUCUCCGUGAGUCGAUGGUUUGGUAAUGUCUGCCACUGGAAGAAUCCCAUCACGUCAGUUCUGGUUCAUGUUCUGUUUCUUAUACUGAUCUGGUACCCAGAAUUGAUACUCCCAACUGUCUUUCUCUACAUGUUCCUCAUUGGAAUAUGGAACUAUAGGUACCGGCCAAGGCAUCCUCCCCAUAUGGAUACCAAACUUUCAUGGGCAGAAGCAGUGCACCCAGAUGAGCUUGACGAAGAAUUUGACACAUUUCCUACUUCAAGACCACAUGAUAUAGCUCGAAUGCGGUAUGAUAGACUUCGAAGUGUUGCAGGAAGAAUUCAAACAAUUGUGGGCGACCUAGCAACACAGGGAGAGAGAUUUCAGUCUCUGCUGAGUUGGAGAGACCCAAGAGCAACCAGCCUUUUCAUAGUGUUCUGUUUGUGUGCAGCAGUGGUUCUUUAUGUCACCCCAUUUAGAGCAGUCUCUCUAAUUUCCGGUUUGUAUAUGUUGCGACACCCUAGAUUUCGAAGCAAGUUGCCUUCAGUUCCCAGCAAUUUCUUCAAGAGAUUGCCAGCUCGAACAGACAGCCUGCUCUGAUACUAUUUAAUUGAAGUUCUAAAGUCCAGUAUGCACCUUGCUUUCUGCAGGUUUAUUUUAUUCCUUGUAUUACACCAAUAAGUGCUCCACUUGAACUUUAUUCAUGAUUAUGUUUCUUUGUAAAAUUACAUAGAUGUUUGUUUGAAACACAAGGGCAUAAUGCCUAGAAUCCAUGGCUGAAAGUUUCCAUUGUAAGUAUUUAUACUCCAAGAAUUUGUGCUGUUGGGUUUCCCUUA